UGGUCGCUUAACGCUUUUCAUCGUCUAUCAUUUUACAUUUACACUCGUAAAUCUAAUUAAAUCGUGGUUAAAAAAUAAAAAAUAUUCAAAUUAAAUUACUGAAUAAUUAUCAUCAAUUAAUUGGAAAGAAAAUGGCAACUAAAGAAGAUGAAGUUAAAAAAAAAUAUAAUGAUGCUGUUGCUGCACAAAAAGCAGCAUUAGCAGAAGCACAAGAACUUGGUUUAGUUAUUGUUGAUGAAAAUCAUGAACAAGAAUCUCAAAAAGAACAGCAACAACAACAACAACAACAACAACAACAACAACCACUACAAGCUGAAAAUCAACAACAACAACAACAACAACAAUUUGAAAAUGGUGGUGCACGUGGACGUGGGGGACGAGGACGUGGUCGUGGGGGACGAGGACGUGGUGGUGAACGUGGUGGGGGGCGAAGCUCCAGGUGGUAUCGUCGUCAGCACUAUCGAUCAGCUGCACAAGGUGGAAAACACAUAUACAAUUAUUUUUAA